AAUGUUUGAGCUACUCCGCCCACAUGACCAGUUGCCAGCAAGACCAUUUUCCUUAGCGAUCAUCUCAUCCCCUGCAUUCCUCUCUAGCAAGAGACAAUGAAGUCGUCCGCAGGCUUAUGUCCAAUUGGGCACACACACACACACACACACACACACACACACACACGACGCCCCGGCGAUUUCAUGGCAUUGUUUUGUGUCUUCCUUGUCAUUCCUUCCCAUGCUUGUCUCGUGAUGUCUCGGUUUCUUCUCGCGCAAAAGUCUAGAUCUAGACUAUACUGGCACGCGGGAGAAAACCCCACGGUCUCUCCCUCUCCCUCUCCUUCUCUGUUUUUCUAUGCCCCGACAAGGACCUAAAGGCGAACAAAUGUGGAGGAAACAAGAAGCAGCGGCUAACCCCGCCUUGACAUCCCCCGGGGAAAAAACAAAACAG